AUGGACACCUCCCCCGCAGAGGAUGAUCCUGCAGUGGACAAACCCAAGAGUCUAGGUGCUAUGAUUGAGCCAUGGUACCAGAAUCUUGUCGAGGAACGCUACAUCCACGCAGACGUUCAGUGCGAUGGAUGCUUUUCAGAAAUUCAAGCCGCCCGCUACCGAUGCAUUGUGUGCCAGGACUUCGAUCUCUGUGUCUCAUGCCAUGAAGACCGCGAGCGCUUGCACGAUACUACCCACAACUUCUAUCGCAUACAGUAUCGCCGUUUGGACGUCCCUCCGAUCUGGGGCGAAGACCUUGAAUUACUGCGAAGAUUCCACGAGGAUGACUCGGCCGAGAGCUUUUACCUUCACUACCCCUGGAUUUUUAAUCCGUUUACUUUCGACAAGCUGGUUGCUGGCACAGUGGAUGAAGAAGCACACAGAAAAAACCUCGAAGCGGUUGAGAGCCUCGAUCCAGACGAUGCCGAGCUCUUCCUAGACCAGUAUAUUAGAAUGUGUGCCUGUGUACAUUGGAACCACCAAUCGCUUAGAAAUGAGGUCAAGAACCUUGUGGACAUCCAACUUCUGCGAGCAGAAGCAUCCCAGUACUUUGCAUCAACUUGGAAGGGGCUAGCAAAAGGCUUGGUGGACCCGGGUUCCACUUCAUCGACAGAGCGCACCGAAAUUCAAAAGAGCCUUUUGCAGCAUGAGAUGGGAGCGGCUGAAUUUGGCAACAUUGCAGAUGCUUUCAAGACCCAUUGUGCCCAACGAGAAGAGGAAUGGGAGGCCAAGGUAUCCGGUUGCACAACCGCAAACCAGUCGGCAAGAAGUCGGUACUUUAGACUGAUAGCAUUAGAGUUUAAGCCAGAUGGAACCCAAUUGACCAUACCAGAGGAUGUACAAGCCCUACUCCAAUCUCAGAAACAGGUCAACGAGGGUGGUGAACGGUAUCGGAUCUUCGAAUAUGAAACCAUGAGAAUACAGAUUCACCAUCUUUACGAACUCUGUGCCGCUCAACAGCUACGUCUGUGCGAGGAACGAAUGGCAACAAGCUCGUCAGCAGUAGUACAAUGUGACCAGACGUCCAGGGAACAGCUUCGGAGUCGACUAGAAAUGCUUUCAGGCAAUUUCAAUAAUGCAGUCGACGUCUCCGAAAAGAUGAAUCUCGAAAUUGUGUCAAAACGCUUCGAACAGCUGCGCAUUUACGAGAGGCAAGGCAAUCUGAAGCUUGCAAAAGAAGCGGGGGCCUCGAUUUGCGACAUUGCAGCAACGGCUCCAGCCAUGUGCAUGCUUACAGCAGCACUAUCUUUUGUCAAAUGUUUCACGGACGGCGCUUGGCUAGAAGCAUUGAGACAAGUUUGCAUGAUAUUUGCUCGCUUGCUGAAUCCAGCUGUCGACGUUUCGUUCGAAUUGCUAGUGGCGGAAAUAUACUGCCAUCGAAUCUUGGCGGCGUUGAGAGCGGACUUGGGGAGACAGCUAAACCAAUAUGAAACAUCGUCGAUUUCUGAACGAAUCACUUAUCUCCGUCGCCAGUUUUUGCACCUGCAGAGAUCGGAUCUCGCCUUUGACGCAUUCAUUACGGAAUUGGAUAUGCACAAGGUUGAUGCUGCUGUCUAUGAACUUGGAACUUCAGACUAUCUGGUUAACAAACCUGAAAAUGUGAUUGAACCUGUUAAGGCUCAGGAGCUGUGCCAAACUUUCAUCACGGAGAGCGUGCAUGCAGAAACGAACAAUCUCGACACUCCUGAGGAUGCUAUCAUCAGUGGGCUUUUACGUUUGGUUCUCGUUGAAGUUUUCGUCAAUUCGCUUGAGCCUGAGAGAUGGCGACACCAAUGUGAACAGCUGCUGACAGAAGCAGACGCUAUUUUCUCUCGGACGGGGUCACGCUUGGGUGCAACCCAAGUAUCCUUAUUCAGGCUACGCCUUCGGUUGGAAACUUCUCCUCCAGGUGAAACUUGGAGAACUGUUCAACUUUCUUUUGAGGAAAUGGACUAUAUUCAUGGCCUGGUGCGGCUAGUGAAAUUCGAGGCUGCGGCAGAGAUUGAUAAGGAUGAUCUGAGGGUGAACUCAACAAGCCCUCGAGUCUGUGCAAAGUUACUCCCUGUGCUCAAACGAGCAGGCAACGAACUGGCUUUCAGAUUGAACCAGCUGCAGAGCAUGCAAUCCUGGCUUCAAAGUCCAACAUUAAUCCUUACUUGCGAGCGCACAUUUCAUCCAAGAGGUGGGUUUCAGAGUGAUGAGCUCGCCUUCGUUGCUUCCAGAUUUCUGUGCAUGCUCUAUACUACCAACAACAAUUUCCGUGAAGCCUAUGCGUAUGCAGUUCUUUGCCUGAGAUAUGCAGUGUCUCGCGGAGAUGUCGGUGCGGGAGAAACGGCGACCAAGCUCUUUCUACGGGCGCUUGCCAAUGUCACUUCAGCCAUGCAAGAUCCAGCACGUGUUGAGGAACUUACCAAUCUCGCAGGAAUCUGGGAUAGAUGGAUAUAUAUCAAGCUCAAAAUAUUUCUGGCCAAGUUUCAGGAGGCUGGCUCUACAAUGCGGUGGUCAGAAUUGCCCGUUGAAUCUCUGCUAUGGCUGGCAAACACGGUUUCCUGCAACGUCGAAGAAAACUCCAUACAGCUUCAGACCACGCAGCUUACAAUGACUUUGAAGGCUUCGUUACACUUGGUCUGUAGUCUUCUCCUUCUGGCCCCUCAGGUCUUCAGAGAUAUGCAUGCGGGAAAGGUAUUACGGGCACUCGGAACGGCUGCAGAAGCUGCCGGGAACCCCUUAUUAUGUCUAUUACUCUAUGACAGCGCCAGGUGGCAAUGUGGUCACAGUCAAACGCAAAUUGAUGUCCAUGAGCUCGAGUUGCAUAUUGGUCGACGACUGGACUCGCUGCUAUGGUACGCGAGAGUGUUGUUUGUGGACUUUUUGCCCCGUUGUCAGGCCUACCUCAAAGCAGCAGAAGACUUCUUCUGGACUGAAACAACACAGCAAACAUCAUACCGAAACGCUCUUACUGCUAGCAUGAUCCAUGCCCGGUCACACCUAAGGUGUGUCCACUAUGAGAUCGACGACACUGAUUGGGGUGAAGACACAGAAAUCGAGAGUCUAAGCGAGACUCAGAGAACAAACAGAGACAGGCUAAUCAGCUUCUGCUUGACUGCAGAAGAGUCUGUGCGAAGGGGUCUCAAUGGAAUGCUGAGACUUCGAAAGAAACUUGGCACGAUGCCUGCUUUGCAGGAACUAGAAAAUAGUAGGCUCUUCUUUUUCGAGCAGACGGAAGAAUUGUACUGGACUCAUAUGGGCCUCGAGAUGUCGCUUUCCAGACUGACCGGAGAUCCAUACCCAUUGUGGCAAGCAAUGCAGGAAUGGAAAGCUGUCGCUUUAGUUGAAGUGAUGUCCAGAGGACUAGUCACUUCAAUCGAAACCCAAGAUGGUGGGGAUCUGGGAUUUGAAAACGUCAAUCCGUCAACUGUCGAAGCCAGCGAGAAGGCACGCGGGCUUCUGGACCGCUUCUCGACCGCUGAACCAGUCGGCGAAGACGAUAUAUAUGCGAUGGCAGAAAUUGCGGAGCAACACCUCGAGAAAGGAGCCAGUGUUGUCUUCGUUGACUGGGUUCGUUACCACGACACACUUUUCGUUGCAGCAUGGAAUGGUACUACUUCAGCACUACGGAAACGAGUAGUCGAGUACGACUACUGGAAGAUAGAGAAGUGGGUAAAGGACAACCUUGGAGUUGAAGGUCUCCAGCAAGGGCAAGUUGUCCGCAAGAAGCUAAUGCGCACAAGGACCCUCGAUCUGCUACGCCCUCUCUUGGAGCCCAUCGAAGAUUUCGUCAAUCCGGACGACCUGGUUGUCUUCUGCCGUGCGGGUGUAUUGCACGCCAUCCCCCUCCACGCGAUUCCGUUUGGGCCGGAAGGAAAACCGUUGAUCAUCACAAAUCCGGUCAUCUAUAGUGCUAGUAGCACGCUUCUUUGGAAAUGUGUCUCGAAAGCCGUGGGAUUUAGCACUACAAAUCGGGACGAUAUCAAGGCAAUUGCAUUCGCGCGACUGGGGCCAGAAGACCCUCGGGAAGAGGAGAGGAUCAAGCAAGUCACGGCAUCUGCAAUGCAGUAUUUUCCCAACAGCAAAGUGACUGCCGGACGAGACGUGACGAGAAGUAAAUUCAUGGAGUUGGCGAAAGGGGCGAAUAUCCUGCACUAUCACGGUCACGCGUACCUCGAAGCUGCAGAGCGGAAGAAUAGAGCCCUGGUCGUCGAGACAGAACAGUCUUUCUCUACAAGUGACGACGGCCACCUGACCACAAUGGAUAUCUUCGACCUGGGGCUCGACUCUGCACUCGUGGUCCUCCUCGCCUGCGCCUCGGGAGAGGAGGACAUUGCACCCAACGACGACCCCUUGGGCAUGCUCUCUGCGUUCCUCUACGCCGGUGCUACCAGCUGCAUUGCCACCCUGUGGCCAACUCAGACAUCGGACGCGAGGGCUUUUGCAACCCGAUUUUACGCCCAUGCCUUCGGAGGACACGCCACGGCGAACCACAGCGAUUCGUCCGUGUUUUUGGCAAAAGCCCUGCAGAAGACGGUUCGGGAACUGUGGGAGGACUGGGACGAAGACGGGCCCUAUCACUGGGCACAGUUUGAGCUGCGUAAGUUACAGCGCAACCCCGAACCUGGCUGA